AUGCCCGAAUCAAUCGAUACACAACCAAUAUUACGACCUCUAGAAAUCGACGAUCAAACUGCAUCUGUCAUUGCUGUUGAACUCACUGAUAUGAAGUCACCUAAACAGCAAAAACUACCGAAGUUAAAAAGCAAACUCGGGAAACGCCUUGGUUUUCACGGCAAGAGUCUGUGGGAUUGGUUACAAUUGUUUUCAUCGAUGCUUGUUCCCCUCAUGAUCGGUGUUUUUACCAUUGUCACCACAGUUCAACAACGUGAAACAAAUCGACAACAACAUUUGUCUGAUCGACAAAUUGCACAAUUACAACGGGAACAAGACAUGCACGUAGCGUCUGAACAACGAAAUGAAACAGUAUUUACAAUGUAUAUCAAAGAAAUGUUUGAUCUUCUCCAACAAUCGAAUUCAACUUCAAUCAACAGUGAAAUGACACAAAAUCUCAUUCGUAUAAAAACUGUUACCGCCUUACGUCAAUUAGACUCGAGUCGAAAACUGUUCCUUAUCCAGUUUCUUUAUGUAUCGCAUUUAAUUGGUGUACCCACAAUUUCUCAAUCCGAUGAAGAAGGUGAACAAUUGAAGGAAAUUGAUUUGGCAGGUGCGAACUUGGCUGCAGUCGAUUUCAGUCGAAUAACAGAAAAAGCAUCGUUAAAAAGAGACGAGGAAAUUCAAUUCGUGUUGCAAUAUGUUAAUUUAGAAAAUGCUUCAUUUUCGAAUUUGAAUUUAAAAGAAAGUGAUUUCACUGGUUCUAAUUUACAAAAUGUAGAUUUUCGUAAUGCUAAACGUGAAUGUGUGAAAUUCAUUGAUUGUCAAUUGCAAUCGGCUGAUCUGAGAGUACCAAUCGGUUGGAACUGUAUUAAUAGAAUUGAUGAUCCUGAGGGUCCAGAUCCUAUGCAAUAUUUUGCCCAGGUUGAUUAUACAGGAGCAAAUUUAACUGGCGCACAAAUCAGUGAAGAUGAAUUGUCAUGUUCGUAUUCAUUGAAUGGAACUAUAUUACCAAAUGGCACGGAAGUCAACGAACAUUUCAACGAGAAUUUAGUGGAAAAUAAUGGUGAUGAUUGGCGUUUUGGGGUUAACAAAAAUUGUUCAUCAAUGGACGGAUGGCAAGUAGUCAAUGGUUCGAUAUCAAAAGUUCGACUUGGUGCUUUAGAACAGCUUCCUGGCAUUGGUGUUUCAUUUCCAGAGUUCAGAAGAAAUGAAUGUUGGUUUUGGGCGGGAGAGAAAUCAAACAGCAGUACAACCACAAUGUCCCAAGUGAUUUCACUUCGGCGAUAUUCUCGGUGGAUCAAAUGGUGUUUAGCGAAAUAUGUUCUUUAUUUUGAUUAUGCAGGAGGCAAAGAUCAGUGUUUGGUAACAUUGAGAUUUUUGGAUAAAAAACAAAAUGUUGUGUUUACAGCAGGAAACGAUAGAGGUAAGAACAGCCAUGUAGUCAGUAUUAGUGUUCUGCACGAGUACAACAUUUUGUACCCGUGCCCAACCUUACAAAAAACUCUACGCCUGAAUCCAAACCCGUCUGAUACUAGACGAACUAUACAUAAACCCGCUAGACGGGAUUCAUUUGAUCGAGUGCUUUGUUCCACAUUCUCAACAAGAAAAAAAUUUAGUUUAACAACCAUAGGUUUUUUAUUUUUUAAAAUUUUCUUAAUAGUAAAAAUAUAUCGUGUACGCUAAUUCCAAAAAGGAGCUUUACAAAGUUCCAGAACGGUUUUCCAGAGGGUUUCCAGAGACCGGAUCUCCGGAAAACUGCUUAAAAAUCAUCUUUUAACUUCGAAAACCACUUUUUUAGAAAUAGCACACCUGAAAACCUAUAAGGAAAUUUUUUUAUAGACGUCCGGAUUCCUUUCAGACCACAUGUCCGCCUGCUCUAGCAAAACAUGCCCACUGUGCACACAACCUUAAUGAUUUGCAGACCUAAUAAUUUGGAUUCCUAGAAACUUUAUUAAGGCAAACAGAACCUCGUAUUUUUGGAAAAAAUACCCGAGCCCGAACCGACAGAGUUUUAUGGCAUCCGAAGCCGAACCGUGCCUGACAGCUUCAUACCCGAACCGAUCCUUGGAAUCUAGUAGGAUACGGUCGGUUACGUAUCGGAUGGCAGGACUCCAGUCAGUAUUUACAGGAGUGGAUUUCAAGGAAAAAUCUUUUGGGCUUAAAGAAAUAAAAAUUGGAUCGCCCUUAAGAGACAUUUUCUGAGAAAGUCGGGCAGUAUAUUAAAGCAAGCCGCCGUGACCAGCACGGAUUUGGCUGAAAUUUUUACUACUUGUGACUAGAAAAAGGUUAAAAUAAAAAUUCCCGAAAAUGUUUCGUUGCAGAGCAGCGUGGCUCAGUCGGCUAGUGGGCAGACAACGUACUUCAAAGAUACGGAGUUUGAAUCCCGGCAACGGCGGUCGCGUGAUAGUCUUGGAGCAGCGAUCUAAUGCUCAUUGUCUCGGUACCUUUGGACACAGAUGCAAUGGGAUAACCCGAUUUCAGUGGUCAUUGGACUGGAGAGAUGAGAAUUAGAGUUUAAAAAAAAAAAGAUAUGGAUGUUCCACCAUUACUGGGUAUUUAGCUAAAAAAUUCACUAAAAUUAUGAUUUUUCGACAAUAACAAAAGAUAGCGUGCUGAUAUUUUUACCAUACAUGUAGAUAGACAUGACCAGUUUAGAAUAAAAAGAUCUCAACUUAAAAUUGUGUCUUCGAUCCAAAAACUGGAUUUUUCAUCUAAAACUUGUGAUCUAGCCUUCUCUCGGCGUGCUCGGGAUUAGGACCUGCAACUUUCAUGACAUAUCGAGUAAGGUUAGUACUGUCAGAAUUUGGGGCAAAAUUUGUUUAGGUAGUUUUCUAAAGACUUUGUUUUCCAGGAGGAUCUCCAGAAAACCUCUUCUCCUAAACAUUUUGAAACAAGUUCGGAAAGAUAGAGCCUGAAAUUCUCUACAAAAUGAGAUGUCCGACUGUGUACGCUGUUUUUUGCUUGAAAGAUGAAUUCUGUAACACUACAUCUGCUUUGUUCACAGGUUUGCUGGAAGCAAAAAUAUCGAAAUCAUCUCUUGUCCUUCGAAACGCUAUAUUCUCAUAACAAAACAUCGUACACAGUCAGGAGACAUCUCAUUUUGUAGAGAAUGCUCUAUCUUUGCGAACUUGUUUUAGAAUUUUUAGGAGAAUAAGUUUUCUGGAGAUCCUCCUGGAAAACCAGGUCUUUAGAAAACUACCUAAAUAAAUUUUGCCCCAAACUCUGAUCAUGAUUUCUGAUAGUACUAACCUUACUCGAUAUGUCAUGAAAGUUGCAGGUCCUAAUCCCGAGCGUGCAGAGAGAAGGCUAGAUCACAAGUCUUAGAUGGAAAAUCCACUUUUUUCAUCAACGGUCUUUUUUCGAUGACAUUUUAAAAGUAAAUAGUCCAGGCAAAGAUACAUCUUUCCUGAACAUUUCGUUGAAAAAUAUUGCAUCAUUCUGGAGACAUCCCGAUUUGGGUGAAAUGUUUAGGUAAAAACCUCAUCGUAAGGCGACAUCUAUAUCUUGGAAAGUAAGCAUUUCUAACAAGUUUUAUUUUCACCUUUUUCUAGUUGCAUAUAGGUCUACAACUGGUGAAAAUUUUCAUGCAAAUCGGUGAAAGUCACGGUGCCGAGCUGCCUGACUCUCUUAGAUUAUGGCUCUUAAGCUCUUCAAAAAUUUUCUUUAUAAAAACUGAAGCUUUCACAAUGUUAUGACAGUAAAAACAUUGCGAUUUUUACAGAGAUCGUCAAAGAAAUUUCUUCUGUUUUGGGUUAUAUUCGGGACACUUUUAAAAAAUUUUGAAUCAAGUUCGAUUCUCUGGUGUCUUAAAAAUGAUUUUUUCAUAUUCACAUUCUUAACGGUCUCCAGUUUUGAAAAUUUCAGCUUUGCCGAUAAGUUUCUGAAAGAGAUCUUGCAUAGCAUCAUACCUUUCAAAAAUCGAUAACUAUUAGGUCGUUUGACAUAAUUUUGGCAUGUAUAAAAAUGAAAAAUCGAGCGUUGUCUGCACGUUCUUUUACACUAAUAAUCUGAACAUCUAGCUUUCAACAGUAAAUGAAUCCGUCACGAUGGCGUCGAAUUUAUUUUUAGUAUCUAAAACCGCAAAACAAAAUGUUUGUCUAAAAACAUUAUUUACAAACUGUGUUUCUGUUGCUAUCUAAGGUUGGAAUGAGGACGACGGCGAUCAGAGAACCACGAAAGUAACAAUUGAACAUUUUAAUAUAAACCGUGAUCCAUUUGACUUUUACAAUGGUCCGAAUACAGUUGAUAGUGUCCGAUUUGAUGUUACAAUAAUCAAUAAAAAACAUCAAACAAAUUCUAGUGUAAAUAGUAGUCAGUAUAAUUUGGUUAUGUGUACAAAUUUUGAAUUUUAUAUAAUUAAAAUGCCG